UCGUAUAGUCCGCUGCAUUUACUUGUAGUAAUGUAGCUAACGCUUUUCUACAAAGUAGCGUAUUCCAAAAUGUUUGCAACAGGUGAUGAUCUUUAAAUACUGAAACAGCGUUAUCAAAAACGUCGUUUGUGUGAUAAAAUCUUACUGCCGGAGCACGUUGUUCCUUCGCCUCGGUGCAGCUGUCUUGGAGAUAAGAGAAGAUACAGAAAUGAGUGAAACUCAUCUCUGCCAUAUUCAUGUGGAAAGAACACUGGCUUUACUCAAACCAGACGCCGUCCACAAGGCUGAUGAAAUAGAGGACAUUAUUCUGAGAUCUGGAUUUAUGAUUCUGCAGAAACGGAUGCUGCAGCUGAGCCCUGAGCAGUGCAGUGAUUUUUACGCGGAACAAUAUGGAACGCUCUUCUUCCCAAGCCUCAUCGUUUUUAUGAGCUCUGGGCCCAUCGUUGCUCUUGUCCUUGCCCGGGAACAAGCUAUUGAUUCUUUUAAAGCGUUGAUUGGACCCGUUAACCCUACAAUUGCUAAAGAAACACACCCCAACAGUCUGAGAGCCAUAUACGGGACUUCGGAUCUGCGGAAUGCUUUGCACGGGAGCGACAAUUUUUCUGCCGCUGAGAGAGAAAUCAAGUUCAUUUUCCCAAACUGUAUCAUUGAGCCCGUUCCUAUCGGCGAGGCUGCCAAGGACUACUUGAACAGAUUUGUGAAUCCCACGCUGCUCCGUGGACUGACAGAACUCUGCAGCACUAAGCCCGCUGACCCCAUUACCUGGCUUGCUGACUGGUUAACAGCAAACAACCCCAACAAGCCUAAGAUUUCAAAUUCAGCAAUAAUCGAAGAAGCAGCCUAAGGAAGGAUCUCGUAGGAGUACUAUUUGAAAAAAAAAAAAAAAGGAUCUGCUGCCAACACGUUUUUGUGUUACAUGCAAGCAAUAAAAAAAAAAACUUGCUUCCCCCCACAGGUGUCUAGUCUUGGCAUGUUUAG